AUGAGCUUCCGGGAGGAAAAUGACGAGUCGAGGGAUCUCAGGAAGCCCUUCCUCAACACGGGCAGCUGGUACCGCCUCGGCUCGAGGCAGUCCGUCAUCGCGGGGUCUUCCCAGUAUAUCCGCGAGUCCGCCGUCUCGGUCGUCGCCUGCGUUCUCAUUGUCGCCCUCGGUCCUAUCCAAUUCGGAUUCACCUCUGGUUAUUCUUCGCCUUGCCAAGCCGCAAUCACACAGGAUCUCGGGCUCUCUGUCUCCGAGUUCUCUGUGUUCGGCUCUUUAUCCAAUGUCGGCGCGAUGGUUGGGGCUAUAGCAAGUGGUCAGAUUUCCGAAUACAUUGGAAGAAAAGGGUCUUUGAUGAUUGCUGCAAUUCCCAACAUCCUCGGAUGGCUGGCCAUAUCCUUCGCCAAAGAUUACUCUUUCCUCUAUUUGGGAAGACUGCUGGAAGGUUUUGGUGUGGGGGUUAUAUCAUACACGGUUCCCAUAUACAUAUCCGAGAUAGCACCCCAGAACAUGAGGGGAAGCUUGGGAUCAGUGAAUCAGCUCUGUGUGACUAUUGGAAUAAUGCUUGCUUAUGUGCUGGGGUUUUUCGUUCAGUGGAGGCCGCUCGCAGUUAUAGGAACUUUACCUUGCCUUUUACUGAUACCUGGUCUGUUUUUCAUUCCGGAAUCUCCUCGGUGGCUGGCAAAAAUGGGCAUGACCGAGGAUUGUGAGGCUUCCUUGCAAGUUCUCCGAGGUUUUGACGCUGAUAUCAGUAGUGAAUUAAAUGAGAUAAAGAGAUCUGUAGCCUCGAGUAGCAAAAGAACUGCAAUUCGAUUUGCAGAGCUUAAACGGAAAAGAUAUUGGUUUCCUUUGACGAUUGGAAUAGGAUUACUAGGUCUCCAACAGCUUAGUGGAAUAAAUGGUGUUCUCUUCUAUUCGAGUAUCAUUUUUCAAGGUGCAGGGGUUUCAUCGACCAAUACAGCAACAUUUGGACUCGGUGCUAUUCAGGUUGUAGCCACUGGAAUUAGUACUUGGUUGGCAGAUCGAGCAGGUCGCCGGGUCCUCCUCAUUGUUUCUAGCUCUGGAAUGACCGCUAGCCUCCUCACAGUUGCAUUGGCAUUCCAUCUGAAGGGUUUUGUACCGGAUGGCUCUGAUAUGUAUGCUGCUCUUGGGAUUGCAUCAGUCAUCGGAGUUGUGGGCUUCGGAGCUUCAUUCUCGCUUGGCAUUGGAUCCAUCCCGUGGGUUGUAAUGUCUGAGAUCCUUCCAAUGAACAUCAAGGGACUUGGUGGAAGCACAGCCACGCUUGCUAACUGGUUUGUUGCCUGGCUUGUCACCAUGACAGCAAACUUGCUCCUGCGUUGGAGUGCUGCAGGUACCUUCACCAUCUAUACCCUUGUGAGCGCCUUCACUCUGGCAUUUGUGUGUCUCUUGGUCCCUGAGACAAGAGGAAGAACCCUGGAAGAAAUCCAAUUGUCCUUCAGAUGA